CUAGAGUAGAGGCUGUACUUGUUAGAAAAAACGUUGAAGUAUUACAUGUUAGAAGGAUACACACGGGCAGACGUAUCAGGGUCUAAAAGGAGGUAAAGGGCUUCUAUAAUGACACCUACUUCAGAAAACCGUGCCUUUGUCCUGGCAGCUCUCAUGACCAUGCUGACCUUGGUUUUGCUACAGGGGGCCCAGGCAGGAGUGGUGGUGGAUUUCAACCAUGCAGAGCGUUGUAAGGACUCUCUGUACAUGGGCACUCCACCCCGAGGCUACCUCAGUAACUCUUUUAAGAAGAUCUGCCAGAGGUACGAGGAUCAACCCCGCUAUGUCACCCUCUAUGACUCUCGGGAUCACAUCCCCAUCUACUCUGCCUAUACCUUCAAGAAGUCAGACGGGGAGAAGAAGGUGGACUUUCCUUGGAUGUUUGAGCCUCAGCUGGCCUCAGAAAAGAGCAGCAGUAACAUGGAGCCCUUCCCCCAAUCUGCAGGCAUGCAUAUGAACUUUGAGGACACUCAAGCAGUCCUGGAUGACUACGCUAAUGUGGUUCAGUAUGAACGUGGCCAACUUAAUCCCGACGAGCAUCAGGCCGACCCUCUGGACAAAGCCGCCACCUACAGCUUGACGAAUGUGGUACCCCAGAUCAGGGAGUUUAACUUGGGUCCUUGGGCAGAACACCAAGACAUCAUCCGCCAGCGUCUCAACAACUACUGCCGUGGCAAAGCCUUCGUGGUCACAGGCGUCACCACCUCGGGGCACACCAUCCGUCGCAGCAACCUGAACCGGUUGGCCGUUCCGGAGUACAUGUGGUCGGCCUACUGCUGCACCGAGUUCGAUCAAAAUGCUCCGUACUUUGUCCGCUACAAGUUCCCUGUGUUCGGUGCUUAUGGGCUGAAUGAUCGAGUCAACAACCACAUGGUGGAAGUUCCUCUGAAAAACCUGGAAAGGUUUCUCAAAGGGAGGAUGAAUGUGGAUCAGAAUUUUCAGAUUUUUUAUAAUGAUUGUGGGCCAAACAAUUGAGAGAAAGAGAGCAGACCUUUGAUAUACAUUCAUCUUCUAGUAUGGUGUCACUGGUUUGGGGCUCUUUCCGCUUCAUAUUUAGAUGUGUAGUCAACUCAUAGUAUUUCAAAUGAUUGGAGAGUGUGUAACUAUUAAUUCAUCUUUUUUCUUGAUUUUGUCUGUGAAUUGUCAAUAUUUGGUAAAAAUUCUCUUUAAAACCCUGAAACUUAAGGUGACUUUUACAAGUUAUUUUUUUUGGCAGAGCAUUAUAAUAAUAUAUAUUCUAAUAUCUCUUAAAGAUAAAGAUAAUCCACAAAACUGCAUAUUUAAGAUGCUGUACCAAUACAAUGAUCAGCAAUGUUGGUUUGAAUAAUCACAUGAAUGAUUUUAUUUUUUGUCAAAGUUCCAAUAAAACCUAUGGAAAAUUGAUCAAGGUGAAUUUAAGUUGUUAUUAUUAUGUUCACAAAAACGAUUAUGUAUAAUGCUAUAGCGCCUUCAAUAAAACAUUCAGCUACUUGA